GCGUGCAACCGAUCCCCCUCGCCGGCGAAGGCCACACGAACGAACGCGCCAUGGUGUCCGCGCGGAAGGGCCAAGGCCGGGGAGGCGGGGUCCGAAGCCGCCCCCGCGUCGACGGCGGCGGCAGCCUGGCUUCGCGCGUGGCCGUGCUCGCCUUCUGCGUCGGCGGGAUCUGGUCAUCCUACAUCACCCAGGGGAUCCUCCAGGAGACGCUAUCGACGAAGCGAUUCGGGCCAGAGGAGCGGCGGUUCGACCACCUCGCGUUCCUCAACUUCGCGCAGAACGUGGUCUGCUUCGUCUGGUCCUUCAUAAUGAUCAAGCUGUGGUCGGGUGGUAGCAGUCCUGCCGGGCGGGCGCCUCUUCUGAAGUACUGGGGCGUCAGCAUCACCAACACCAUCGGCCCGACCAUGGGGAUCGAGGCGCUCAAGUACAUCAGCUACCCGGCUCAGGUCUUGGCAAAAUCUUCUAAGAUGAUUCCAGUUAUGUUGAUGGGAACUCUACUCUAUGGUGUUAAGUAUACACUUCCAGAGUACUUCUGCACCUUCCUUGUUGCCGGGGGCGUGUCAUCCUUUGCAUUGUUGAAAACAAGCUCGAAGACUAUCAAGAAGCUUGCUAACCCUAAUGCUCCUCUUGGCUACGGAUUGUGCUUCCUCAACUUAGCUUUUGAUGGCUACACUAACUCGACCCAAGAUUUAAUCAAGUCCCGGUACCCCAAGACUAACCCUUGGGAUAUAAUGCUUGGCAUGAACCUCUGGGGAACCAUAUACAAUACUGUAAUUAUGUUUGUGGCGCCUUUACUGUUUAGUAACUGGCCAUACGCAAACGGUUUUGAGGCGGUGAGUUUUUGCCGGGAGAACCCAGAGGUGGCCUGGGACAUUCUCAUGUUCUGCCUAUGCGGUGCCGUGGGUCAGAAUUUUAUCUUCCUAACCAUCAGCCGAUUCGGUUCUCUUACUAACACUACCAUCACCACCACCCGCAAGUUCAUGAGCAUCGUCAUCUCAUCAGUUAUCAGUGGUAACCCACUGUCCAUGGAGCAAUGGGGAAGUGUUGUGAUGGUCUUUUCUGGCCUCUCUCUCCAAAUAUAUCUCAAAUGGAAGAGAAAGAAGGGCAGAGAUCACAAGGAAUGAACUUGGUUCUUAUAAGUACAUUUUGAUUUGUAGCUUUGAUUGCACACAUUUGUUGUGGAGAUAUCCGGGAGAUCAUUAAUGUAGUCCGUUGAAAUUAUAGAAAAGAGGUUUACAUUUA